AUGACAUGUUUUCAACGCGAUCUGCAUGCUCUCUCCCUUACUUGUCGGCCGUGGGAAAAGGCAGUCCGAGGUCGACUUUAUAAUCGUAUCGAUAUCAUUGGCAACGAUUCUCCAGCACAAUUGAAGAAAUACCGACUCAAGAGGGGAAGCAGACUGAAACUGUUAAGACGCACGCUUCGUGAGAGGAAAUUGCUGGCCAAUCUUGUCCUCGAACUCCGCGUUCCCCAGAUAGAUCUGUUAUUCACAACUGGUAAACAUACGGCUCAAUGGCAAGAAUACCGGGAUCUCAUCGCCUCAGUCGUGAUGGUGUGCCCCAACCUGGAACGGUUGCUAGGGUUGACAAUCCCAUUCAACCACGAGUUUGAUCGUCUAACGCAUGCAUUAUCUACGCGGCGGAAGUUGAAGGAACAUACAUGGAUUCUCUGUGAGGCAACAGAGACAUCUGAAGCCUCGCCACGCAGCACCUCCUGCCCUGGCAGUCUUGGCCCCUUGCAGAUGUUUGAGUUCCUGGACUAUCAUGCUUCAUGGACAAAUCUGGAGACAUUGAUGGUCUACGGAUUGAAUGAAACUGCCCUUGAACCCAGCGUCUUCCUUCGUAUGAUUGAUCUCUUGCCGUCAUUGCGCAACCUGUGCGUUUCGAACUUUGAUGCAGAUGCUUUUUCGGACACUGCACUCCUGUGCCUCCCAACUCUCGAUACAUUACGAUUGGAGAACCUCCCCGGAGUCACUGAUACGGGUCUAGCACAGUAUACUUCACGGCCCGAGUCUGCCACUCUUAAAUCGCUGGUCCUGAUUGAGCCCAGCAUUGAAUCCCUUCUUGUGAUCUCGAAAAUUCUGGCAUCCCUCCGGAACCUAGAACGAUUCAAAAUCGUGCAGACAAACAAAUGCCCCACACUGCACUCAGACGGCAUAGUUUUUCAGCCACUUUUGGCCUCGUCCAGCCUCAGGUUCUUACAUUGGGAUGUUGCAUGCCCCAAUCCUAGUACCGCCCUUACUAGACUCGAUUUCGCGCCGUUUGCCAAACCUCUCCAGCACACAGAGACUCCCAACUCUCAUCUUGCACAGAGCAUCCUCUAUGGAGGAUUCCCUCGCCUCGAUGCUUUACGGGCACCUUCCGAUAUAGAACCGCCCGGCGCCUUGCAGGCUGUCUGUCAGCCAAUUCCUCGUGGGCAAGCAUUGUUACAACCGGACCGGUACAGCCUCCCUCGGAGUUCCCACGGAUCUGUGCAAACGCGACCGAUGGCUCUUCCAGGAGGCAAUAACUUAACGUCAGCGCGGAUACGGGCACAGACUUUCAUCGAUAUGGCUGCUCAGGACACAGAGACGGGAUUGCAAGUGCUAAUCACAGAUUACUCGGAUUCAUAUGUGCCCGAUAACGCGCUUGAAGCCUCUGACGACGAAGCCGACCCGGAGGUAGAUGAGAUGGGCAUGUGGGAUUCACUGCAGAACCGACCACAACCGAACCCAAUCCCAGAAGACCACGAAGGACCCGUUACUGUCUUUGACUUUCGGAUGCCAGCUUACAUGGGCAGAACUGGGGCCAAGACCAGUGAUAAGGAUAUAUCCAUUCCACGUUUCAUGCUUCAUCCUGAUAUUGCUGGACAAGAUACCGACGGGGGACUUGUUUCCUGGAAACAUAUACUGGCUGCGAAUCAAUCGCUGACUUUCGCUGCCGGUGUUGGUGUAAAUUGCUUUGGCGGCAGCAAGGGAGUCUCAAGUCCAACCAUUGAGGAGCCGCUAUCCCCGACAUCUACCUCCACAUCCACGCCGCGCUUUGGUUGGGGUAGCAUCGCUAGCAUCACCAGUACGAUGCCCACGAGCCCAAGCACUCCCACUACACCACCCACGCCUAUGAGCAUGUCAUCCAUGAGCGCACCUCCCUGGGAGAAGGAUGUUUGCACAGGAUCCUGGAAUUACAGCCACAAGAGCGGACGUGACUGGUGGUUCCAUAUGGAGCGGGAACGCCCUGUCAAAGCUGAGCUUUACGACAUCAAGCGACUUUUUUAG